UCUAACAACCUCCAAAAACCCAUAAAUUAAAACCCUACAACUUCAACCCCAACAUCCAUCCUAGGUUGUUCCGCCAUUCACUUUUUUUUCUUUAUCCCCCUCCUUCACUCUCCUUUUUCUUUUUCUUUUUCUUCUGCUUCAUAUUUUAUUUAAUCACUUCAAAUCUCUUACUCUCUCUCUCUUUUUUUAAUCAUAUAUAUAUAUAUAUAUAUAUAUAUAUAUAUAUGUUCCGUAAUUUUUAGGGUUGGCUGAUAUGUCACUUUUGCUACCUAGUCGGUCUCCUCAUAAUAAUGCUCAUGCAAAUAUGGUAAAGAUCGAGGAGAAGGGUUUAAAGCAUGAAAUUAUUUCAGAGGAAGAGAUGAAAAUCCGGCGAGAAAUUGAGAAUGAAAUAGAGAGAGAUUUGGAGGAAGAGAUUAAAGGAGGGAUAUACCAACAAGCUCUCCGCCUUCACCGCCUUUAUCACCACCGGAAAAAUUCCGCUCAUAUUAAGCCGGCGGCGAAAGCCAAUAAGGAGCUUUUGGAGGUAAAUAUCAGCAUCAAAAUGGAUGGAGGGACUAAAAUGGAAAUAAGAGAGACAAAAAAGGAGGCGCCCCCGCCGGAAAGUCUCCGACCGAGGACCUCCCGGUCCAACACCCUCUCUCGAUCUGUCCCGGAGAUGAAAAGGUUGGAUUGGGCUAAAUCUCUCCGGUCGAGUGCGGCGCCGGUGCCGUUUGUUGGAAAGAAACGUGAGGUUUGAUUGGAAAAAUAUAUAUACGUACUCGAUACUUCCAAAUAUUUGGGGUGUGUUAAUAAGCCGACAUGUCGUUGGUUAUUGGAAAUAAUGGAAAGAUUUUUUGUUUUUUUUUUAAAAAACCAAAAUAUUGUAAAGUUUUUAUACAAAGUGAGAUAAUUUUGACCUAUAUUUGGAAUUAUUGAGUAAUGUAUAAAGUAUAUAUGCAUGAUUUCUCUUUAUUCAAUUUAUUAACUCAAUUGGACCUCU